GUCAGAAUAUCGUCUCUCUGAAAGCGACUUGUCGUAGCGGUGCGAGGUGUAAGAAGGUGGUGGUGGGGGAGGAGUGUGAUACUUGUAGUGGUCAGGAGGGUGAGGGCGACCCGACGAAGACGAGGAGUGUGGAGGCGGAGUUGUCCGUGAACUGCUGCGGGGAGGAUAACGAGAGGAAGCGGAGGAGGAGGAGGGGGAGGAGUGCUGUUGCUGUGAAUAGCUCUUGUGCCUGCUUGAUUCUUGCAUCGUCUAAAAGAAGGUCGAAAGGAAAGCUCAGAGGGUCCCCCACAUUUCAAAGUCAGGUUGGCACAGUGACUAUCUGCUAAGCAGCAGCAACGGAGCAUCGUCGAUGUGACCGUAAACUCUCUCGCCAAUUGAGUUCCAUCACUUUCCGCCCCGUCGCGCACUGUCGGUACUCCAUUGCUUCGGCACCUUUCCCCCAAUCCCACACUGGAAGACCUCUUGAUCUUCUAGACUUUAGCGCAAUGGCAACGUCUCAGCAGUCACUGAAAAACGUCCCAAAGGACAUACUGCUGGUUGCAGACUUCCUUCGAAGUGGUGAAUCAAAGUUAAAGAUUCGGCAAGGGAUCUUGAGCGGACGACGUGUGGACUAUUUCAAAGGAAAGCACGCCGUGAACGCUGUGCUUAGAGAGCCUUACAAGAAGAACGCGAAGCGACCGUCCGUGUCAGACCGUUCAGAGGGCGAAGCCCUUUUGUCAAAGCUAUUUACUUAUGGCUUUUUCGUCCGGAUUGAAAAAGCUCCAAAAUCAAAGCAUUUGAAUGUCCACAACGUUCAGCUUUUCGAACCUGAUGCGUAUUACGCAUGGGUAUAUGAGGGCUCUCAACUUAAGGGCAUGCUAAUCGGAAUGGCUGUUUUGCUCGUCACAUUGGCGGGAGUUAUGUUCCCUCUCUGGCCCGCCACAUUAAGACAAGGGGUCUAUUACCUUUCUUUGGGAAUGUUGGGUCUCAUGGGCGUGUUUAUGGGGUUGGUGGUGUUCCGGCUUGUGCUGUGGAUCGUACUGAAAGUUGCAACCGGGCGGGACGGAUGGUUAUAUCCCAAUUUAUUUGCGGAUGUAGGCAUCAUUGAUAGCUUCAGGCCAUUGUGGGGAUGGGACGAGAAAAAGACGUCAAAAAAGAAAACGGCAACCAUCAAGUCAUCUGGAAGCGAAGGGGAUGGCGAGGGUACUGCGGGUCGGGAUGAUGAGGGUUUUGGGGAGGAAAAUGAUAAGAAUGAUUGAUGUAUGCAGAAAUCAAUAAUCAUGAGGAGUCAAAGCUCCAUAGGCUAUGAUCGCGCAUCAAUAUUUUUAAACUAUGGCGGCGUAACGCAUAUAUUACAAGCGGCGUAACGCAUAUAUUACAAAAUCAACAAGGACAAAACACAUAACAAUGUUUGUUCAUAUAAGAAUGC